AGAGAGAAGGGAAGCCUCGCUUACCGGCUUUGUGGUUUUCAUCCAUUCCCUCUUUUCAUUACACACCGGCUUACUGAGUCCUCUACAUGUGAUGAUGCUCGUCUCUGAACACUGAUUUCGACUCAUUUUAUCACCAAACCGAUCAUAUGAACAUAGAAGAAUAUAUUGAAGAAGAUGAGGAACCACCUUUGCUGCUCAGCUCUCGUCCUUCUCACGGUGUUUGGCUGUGGUGGGACUGCAGCAGUGCAGUGUCGGUGGGGGAAAGGAUGUGUGUGUCUGCAAUGCCCCGCUGGCCAGGAGCCCUCCAAGGCUUGUGGGCAGAUCCGAAGCCCAACAGAAGAGGUACAUUGUCAACUGUGCCCGACUGGAAGCUUUUCAGAGGCAUUUGACUCUGAGAUUUGCCGCCCACACACUUCCUGCAAGAUCCUCGGCCGUAAGGUUGCAACCCCUGGCACUACGACUUCUGAUGCUGUCUGUGGGGACUGUCCACCUGGGUUUCACUCCACUGCCACAGGGGAAGUUUCCACCCAGAUCCCCUGUGUGAAAUCGUCUUCGCAUGUCCGAACAGUGCGUACAGUUGGUAAAGGUCAAUCCAGUGGUGCAGGCGGGCCAGUCAAUGGCACAGUGGUGCGCAGUGCUGAGGAGAAGACUGCAGAGUACGCCGUGUUUGCUUUGGUGCCCAUCUUCUGCGUGAUGGGCCUGUUAGGUAUUCUCAUCUGCAACAUCCUGAAGAAGAAAGGAUACCGCUGCACCGCUGAUAAAGAGGGAGGGGAUGAAGAAACUGCCACACCACAGAAAGAAGGUAACAACUGUCCCUACAUAUCUGACGACCUGAAUGAAGACACCAUCAGUGUUCUGGUUCGCCUCAUCACUGAGAAGAAAGAAAAUGCUGCUGCACUGGAGGAACUGCUGCUAGAGUACGAGAGCAAACAGAUGGCCAUGAGCAAGAGCUCGUCAAUCAAGUUCCCCAUGCUGUCUCCCCUGUCCCCGUUCCGCUCCCUCCCAAGGCUGUGUCCCCAUCAGUCCCACCUCCACACCAUCUCCGGCCUCUCUGGCCUGGCCCCCAAACACGGCUACCGCUGCACCCGCUGCGCCCAGAGAAAGUGGCCCCCUGUUCUCAUCCCUCCCCUGGACUCCCUCAAAGACCCCCUGAAGCCCCCCCAGAGCCUCAUCCUGCCCUCCCUUGAUUCAUCCAAGGACCAGCAGAGGAGGCCCCUGCUGGGCGGAGUGUUUAUCGAUACCCAUCACACAAAAGCUGUUGUGCCAAAUACUGUACAGGAGAAGCUGGAAGGGAGUGAAGUGAAGGAGCGGAAGGAGGGAGAGCUGACGGUGAUGUCUGUGGGGAGAUUUCAAGUUGCCCAGAUCCCAGAGCAGAAGCCUGUCCCAGUGGAAACCAAGACAUCAUCCCAUGAGCAAAGAAACUCCCUGUUUGGAGGGAAAUCCUUCUGCUCCUCAUCGGGCAUCAGGAGGUGAAGAGACAGAGAGAUAACGCUACGAGAAUGCUACCUCGCUGAAGAUGACCUCAUCAUUGCUGACAUCUUGACAGCUGGCAGAGAGGUCGGCAGGUGUUUCUAGACAACUGACAUCAAGAAACCAAAAGAACCACCUUGUGCUGGAAGAAGUUGUUUUUUCAUGCGAUAAGAGGAAUAUAACUGUAUUUAUUAUUACAUAAAAACAAUAAUUACUUUACAGAUGUAUCAGUUAUCAUAUAAGUUCAGCUGAAAUCACAGCUGCUUUAUCAUCCUUAUCUAAAGAGAAAGUGGAUAGCUUUGUGAUAAGACUGUGGACAUCUAAAUCUAGUGAGCAACUACGUAAGCAAGUAAGCGACGAGCUGAGCAAGCACGAGAGGGAGAAAACCAGGAGACGUUUCAAUCAUAAAAAUGCACUUUGAGCCCCUGUAUUUGUGUUUCCAUGUUUAAAAAAAUAGAUAAUGGGGAAACACACAUAGGCUGACACGUCUCUACCAUACAUGUAGACAGGCACAUCUACACUACUUCGGUGCAGUGAAGAGGACAAAACUCUUUUAAAUAAAUUACUGACAGAAUGGCACAUUUCAAACAAAAGUUUGUCCAUAAAAAACUAAUUUAAGUGUGUCCAUUUUUAAAAAGAGGAAAUAUAAGGCCAAGUUGUCUGUGAUCAAGUGCCAUCUGAAUUAAGAGUAUGAAGGUUUUUUAUUACCAAAAGACUGAUAUGGGGGUCAUAAGACACUUGAUUUAAGACUACUGUAGCACUACAUUAAGUAUUAUGAGGACAAAAUAAAAAUGUUAUAAAAUUCAACAUAGUUUUGUUGUUUAGAUAUCUUUUUUAAAGUAUUUGCAGGUGAUUUGAGGUUUUAGACCUUGAAGAUGUUAAAUGUAGUCUCAAAGGGACAGUUCACCCGAAGAUCAAAAGUAGAUUUUUUUUUCAUCUUAUCUGUAAGGCUAUUUAUCAGUCUAGAUUGUUUUGGUGUGAAAUGCCCAUUAGAGAUGUCUGCCUUCUCUGGAGUGAAAUACUGAUGAGACUUUCAAAUGUAUUUUUUUGGCACUUGAGCACCACAGCCAGAUUUUUAUUAUAUCACAGAAAAUUUAGAAAUCUUACGGCUGAUACCUCCAACACUCAGCAGCUCAGACCAAAACAGUCUAGACUGAUAAAUAGCACUGCAGGUCAGCCAAAAAAUGUAAU